AUGGCCCGAGGAAACCAGAGAGAAAACGAUCGCAAAAAGAGCCAGAAAAAGAUGGCUGGAAUGAAAGGCAAGAACACCAUGACUGGAUCCGAACAGCAACGCACAAAAGAGGACGUGGCUGCGAAAAUGCGCGAAAAGCAAAGACUCGCCGACGAGCGCAAGGCUGCUGGUCAGAAAUAA